UGGCGCCGGUGCUGCUCCUAAAUAUCGACUUUACGAGACGUUUGAGUUGACAUAUCUGGAGGUUAAUUCGGGAACAAUUAAUAAUCCAAAUAUAUAGGGAGGAUGGGUCUCCUGACGGAUCCCAGAGCUGGAAACGCUGAGAUGAUAAAGCUCCUCUUGAGGUGGGAAAGAGCUCUGUGCUUUUUUAUUUAUCUCGGGGGAGUCGUGUGGAUGGCGAUGCUCGCCUCACCCAUGUUCAAUGAUGGUACAUACUUCUCGGAGAAUGCUCUCCUCCCAGGUCUCGUGACGAAGGAGAGUAACCUGGAGCACACAGCUCGCCAGUACCACAGGGAGCUCGUCGACGAGAUGAAGAGGUACCCAGACAACAUGCCCUACGCCUGGAUCCUCGCCAAGUUCAAUCAACUUCAUCUCGACGUCUACACCCACAACUUCACCCUGAAUUACCCUUUCACAGGGCAUCAGUUCACUGGGCAGAAUGUUUACGGGAUUGUCAGAGCCCCCAGAGCUGCCUCCACAGAGGCAAUUGUCGUCAGUGUCCCCUUCAGAGCUGCCAACAGUGUUCAUCCAACUACUGCACCGUCUAUUGCCCUUCUCCUGGCGUUUGCCAAGUUCUGCAGGAAGCAAAAAUACUGGGCGAAGGACAUAAUCUUCCUAGUAACAGAGCACGAGCAGUUGGGAAUGCAGGCAUGGCUGGAUGCCUACCACGGUGUUGUCAGCGGUCAGGCUGAUGUCCUGAACGCAGGUGAUCUCGAUGGACGAGCUGGAUCCAUCCAAGCUGCCAUCAAUCUGGAGAUGCACGCCAUGAAAGUCGCCUCGAUCGACGUCAAGAUCGAAGGCCUCAACGGGCAGUUACCCAACCUGGACCUCGUCAACCUCGCCCAGAACGCAAUAAAAAAAGAAAUGGUUCGCGGAACCUUCCAGAAGCGAUUCGACAUGAGCAACAAAUUCCCUCAAUUCAAGAAAUGGUCCCAUCACUUUCACACUCUAGCCUCGAUGGUCCUGACACAGGCAACUGGGGUGCCAACUGGAAAUCAUGGGCUCUUCCACAGGUAUGGAAUAGAGGCAAUUACUCUCGAGGGAAUGGAGAAAACCGAUCGUGGAGCUGAAGUGAACUUCGAUAGAAUCGGAAGAAUAGUGGAGAGCAUGGUUCGAUCACUGAAUAAUCUAUUGGAACGUUUCCACCAAUCGUUCUUCUUUUAUCUACUCGCUGCCACUGAUCGUUACAUCUCCAUUGGCCUCUACAUGCCCGCCCUGGUCGCCAUAAUCGGUUGCCUCUUCAUAAAAGCCUUCUGCAUGUGGUUAAAACACCAACAAUCCACUGGAAACACCCCAGGGGACAGUUCCACUGAGUCUGAAGCCUUCGAAAUCGGCUACAUUGCCUCAGAGCUCCUCUGGUCCCACAUCUUCGGAGUUGCAGUGAUGAAUUCCCCUAAACUGUUCGCAUCACUGGGGUCACAGUAUCUGCAGCUGGAGGCUGAAAAUUCAGUUUACUAUGGUUCCGCCUGUAUCACAGUCCUGACACUGUCACGGUUCUUCUUCAUGAAAAGACGUUCGAGGCAAGAGAAUGUCUCUCUGAUCUGCAUAAUAGCCCUCGUGGAGCUGGCAACAGGCCUCAUGAGCAUAGCAAUGCACAAUGCCUCACUAGCCCUCCUCGCAGGGAUGCUGUACGUGCCAAUUGUCCUCCUGAUCGCCCCGAGAUCCGACCCCUCAGGAUCGAGGGGCUUUCUCUACAUCUUCUGGACCCUUCUCCACCCCUUCGUAACCGCCUCCCUCGUGGUGGCUGGCUACACCUACUUCCACUUCUCUGAGGAGAGCUUCGGGAGCCUGAUAGCGCGGAGCUUCGACGCCACCAAGAAGGCCCUCCUCUUCAGCAUAAUCGACUCCAUGAUCUAUGGGAACUGGCUGUUCAACGUCACCGCCACUGUUAUCCUCCCCAUCUGGCUGCUUUUAUCAAAUGUUAUAGCUAACGAGGCUGUUACGGAUUAGGAUUAGGAGUCGUCGAGGAUGUCAUUCGUCAUCAACUGUAAAUAUCGCAUCGGUAAUCAUCAUUUAGGAAAGAGGGUCAAACGACCAUUUUUUACAUCUCGAAACGUUAAUUUUACGAAUUAAUUAAUCCAUUGAUUGAUUGACUGAUUGAUUUGUUUUUCUUCUUUUGUACGUCUUUAAUAAUAACUUUAAUUGAGAAAUUUCAACAAUUAAUGGGUUUUCAAAUCAACAGAACUCAAUGUAAAUGGUUUUUGCCGAUUUAAAAGUCUCAUUAUUUUCUGAAUGCAUUCAAAAGUCUUAUUCAUCAUCAACGGAUAAAUAUUUUGGUGAAAGAAAUUGUAGAUUUUUUUUUCAACUAGUGCAAAACACAUUCAUUAAAUUCAGAUAAAAUUAACACAUGCCAACAAUCAAAUGAUUUAGCUAAAUAUCUUUUAAAAAUGACUAGUUUUCCUCUCACAAACUAGUCUCCCACGAACAACACUUGUAGCAAAAAAUGUAAAUACGUCAACAUUACGCAAUACUAGACGACUGAAACGUCUUUGCAUCAGCAAGACUUCAACUUAAAAUUUUUUAAAUCUCUUGAAUAUAAAAUUUGGAAACAUGCAAAACAAAUUCGUCAAAUUGCCACAAAAUGAAGAGAUGUUAACAGUGAAAUGAUGUAAUUAAAUAACUUUCAAAAGCGUAAAAAUUUUCCUCUUCCAAACUAGUCCCCCACGAACAGCGCUUCUAUUAAAAAUGUAAAUACGUCAAUAAGUAUUUGUUAUCUAAUUUCGAAAGCCUCCAGGGUCACUUAUGAAAUAUCUGACUCAUGCCGUCUAUAUGCUAAGUAGUGACAC